AUGGAAACCACGGUUUCCGAAAUUCAAGUUGAAAGCAAGGAUGAGAAGAGACCCACAGAAGUUAGUCCUCAAGAUGAGAGGCAGGAGGAAAGAGCAUCGAUGCUUUGCUUCAAGAGAAGAAAGAAAGCAAGCAAAGCAAUGAAGCCCAAAGCUAGCUCUGAAGCUGCUGGUAGAGCAAGAAAGUGUCCCCCAGAAGCAGGAGCUUCUGAGCAGCCACGGCCCCAGGGGGGGGCCUGGGCCUCAAUCAAACGUCUUGUAACACGCAGGAAAAGGUCAGAAUCUUCAAAGCAGCAAAAGCCCUUUGAGGCCAAAGUGCAACCUGAAAUCAGUGCUGAGGAUGCUGAUCUUUCUAAGAAAAAGGCAAAAUCCGGACUGAAGAUUCCCUGCAUAAAAUUCUCAAAAGGAGAGAAACGAAGUAAUCAUUCCAAAAUUAUAGAAGACUCAGACUGCAGCAUCAGAGUCCAGGGAGAGGCUGAACAUUUGGAUACAAAAGCUCCAGCCCAAUCAGAUGACCAGACAAUAAAGACCAAGUUGCCCCAGGAUAUAAGUAAAGAUGUCUCACGGAAAGUGGGUGAUGAGGUCUGUGAACCAAAUGUGAGCAACAGCACAACUACAGCUGGAGAAAAAGUGAUUUCAGUAGAACUUGGGUUAGAUACGGGGCAUUCUGCCAUUCACCCAGGAACACUAAUCCUUGAAAGAGAUACUGAAAUGACUGAGGAAAAACAAAGUGUCCAACCCCAGGAAGCAAGCCCACUUGAAACUUCAGAAACAGAACAUCAGCCACCAGUGGUUUCUGGUGUUCCUCCCUCACCUGCCAUCCCAGAUCAGCAAAUUGUGGAAGAAGCCAGAAGCAAUAUCCUAGCAAGUGGACCAAACUGGGAAGAGCAUGAAAGUAGAGAGAUUGUAGCUGAAGAGAGUGAGCAGAAAGAUACUGAAUUGAGCCAGGAAUCAGAGCUGAGAGAAAAUGAGGUCACUGCAGAGAAACCCAAACCAGAAGAAAGCAAAAGAAUGGAGCCAAUUGCUAUUAUUAUUACAGACACUGAAAUCAGUGAAUUUGAUGUUAAGAAAUCUAAAAAUGUCCCUAAGCAAUUCUUAAUUUCAAUUGAAAAUGAGCAAGUAGGGGUUUUUGCUAAUGAUAGUGGUUUUGAGGGUAGAACUUCAGAACAAUACGAAACACUCUUAAUAGAAACAGCUUCUUCUCUUGUCAAGAAUGCUAUCCAAUUGUCUAUAGAACAGCUGGUUAAUGAAAUGGCCUCUGAUGAUAAUAAAAAGAACAAUCUUCUACAGUGA